AUUUAUUAUUCCCCUCAUUUUCGUCUUCGUCUCCAUUUCUCUCUCUCUCUCUCUCUUUCUCUCUCUCGAUCUCUAACCCUAAACCUAACCCUAAUCCCCAAACCCUAAUCCGGAUCGAGGAUCCAACCCUAGUUCCCCUCUCCUCCGCGGCCGACGAGCUCCUCCGUGCUGCUCCGACGAGCUAAGCUACGCCGAGAUCGGCCAUGGAUUGCGAGCCCGAGGAGCUGCAGUUCCUGGGGGUGGUGGGGAUCUACAGGGAGGCUGGAAAGCUCCUCCACGCAUGGCGGGGGCUCUUCUCCAAGAUCGCGCUGUACCUGGUGCUCCCGCUCUCGGUGCUCUUCCUCGCGCACAUCCACAUCUCCCACAUCCUCUUCUCCUCCAUCGACUCCGACGACGCCGCCGUGGAGCGCGCGCCCCCCGGGUCCCCGUCGGAGACGCGCCUCCUCGAUCGGCUCGCCUCGGACUGGGCCGCGCUCCUCCUCUUCAAGGCGCUCUACCUCGUCGCCCUCCUCGCGCUCUCCCUCCUCUCCACCGCCGCCGUGGUCUACUCCGUCGCCUCCGUGUACUCCGCCAAGGAGCUCUCCCUCCCCCGCGUCCUCUCCGUCGUCCCUAGGGUUUGGCGCCGCCUCAUGGUCACCUACCUCUCCGCCUUCCUCCUCCUCGUCGCCUACAACGCCCUCGCCUUCGCCCUCUUCGUCCUCGUCCUCUUCUUCCUCGCGCCCCCCGACGGCGGCGUCGCCGCCGCCGCCGCCCUCGUCCUCGCCCUCGCCUACCUCGCCGGCCUCGUCUACCUCAGCGUCGUCUGGCACCUCGCCAGCGUCGUCUCCGUCCUCGAGGACGCCAAGGGCUUCGACGCCAUGCGCAAGAGCCGCGCCCUCAUCCGCGGCAAGCUCCGCACCGCCGCGGCCAUCUUCGUCAAGCUCAACCUCUGCUUCGUCGGCGUCGAGGUCGCGUUCCGGGAGCUCGUGGUGAAGGGCCGCGUCGGCGGGUUGGGGGCGCGGUUCGCCUUGGCCGCGCUGAUGCUCGGCCUCCUCUGCGCCGUCGUGCUCUUCGCCCUCGUCGUCCAAACCGUGGUCUACUUCGUGUGCAAAUCCCACCACCACGAGAGCAUCGACCGCGGCGACCUCGCCGACCACCUUGAGGUCUACCUCGGCGAGUACGUCCCCCUCAAGGCCAAGGACGUCCAAAUGGAACAGUUCGACCUUUAAGGUUGAUAGAAGAAGAUGAUCGUUUGGUUUAGAAUGGGAUAUUGUUGGAGCAUAAUUGGAUGGGUAUUUCUGAAUGUUUGGUUCCACAUAAAUUAGAGUGAUUUGUAAUAGAAAAAAAAAAGUGGACUUUACACUGUGUAAAUCUUUUUUCUUUUAUUUUCAAUAGUUGGUUGAGAUAAAGAAUAGAGAACAUAAAUAAAUUAAAUUUUUAGUAUCUUAUCAUUUUCUUAUCCUUUCUCUCUUUUUUUUUUUUACCCCUCAUUUGGAUUGUGUAAGAGGUGAUGGAGGAAGAAGAAGAAGAUGGUUUUCUAUAGAAUGGGAUGUUGAGGUAUAAUUGGAUAGUAUAUUUGAAUGUUUAACAUAAA